CUUUGCUUUGUAUCUCAAGAUAAACCCUAAUUUCUUCACCGGAACUAGAAUAUGGCGGGCUGUGAAUCUCAGAUCUAUCACGAGCGACAACGACUACAGUUUUGCCUCUUGCACUCCCUUAACAAUCUAUUUCAGGACAAGGACGCAUUCACGCGAGAAGGCUUGGACUCAAUCUCGGAGGUGCUCGGGACCGAUGAUCCUUGCCAAGAAACGUGGACACCUCUCUCUUUACUCCUCAAGCCUCACCACAACAGGCUCACCGGGAACUACGACGUAAACGUGAUGAUUGCAGCUCUUGAAGGAAAAGGCAAGAGUGUUGAGUGGCAUGACAAACGUUAUGGAGUUUACUCGAUUAAUCUUGGUGCAAAUACUCUGAUGGGUAUCGUGUUGAACGUUCCGGUCACGCGGUACGUGGGACUUUGGAGAAGCAGGCGUUGGGUUGUGAUGAGAAAAAUCAAUGGAGUAUGGUAUAAUAUGGAUUGUGAUCUUACUGUGCCACAGCCGUUUACAAGCGAAGAUGAAGUCAAGGGGUUCUUGGAUCAAAAUCUGAGUUUAGGUGGAGAGAUUUUGGUAGUGAACAAUGCUUGAAGAUCAACUAUGUCAUCAUCUUGGAUGUGAUCUCCUGUGCCAAAGC